AUGGGGUCGUUUAUCAGAAUAGCAUUUAUUUCACUUUCUUUGGGCGUGGCGUUCGUUGCAUCCUUUAUUGAAGUUAGCUUGCUAAAGGAAGAAAGACAGCGACUUUAUGGCCUAGAAUUGAGAGCUUCUGCCUUCAACUAUCCUCCCUGCCUUUUUGCCAUUAAAGCGCCAUUGGGGAACCAUUCAUUAGUUCCGUCAUUUUCUGGUGUCUGCCACGACAUUGCUACUUGGAUUUCUACACAUUUUCGCAUGAAAUUGAUAUACGUGCCUACAAAUACUUCGGAUAUUGUCAAACAUGGGUUGAUUCCCGCGCUCAUCAAACAAAUUAUCAACGGGGAAGUCGAUAUUAUACCAUAUGCGUUUGCCCCUUCGGUGACACUGUUACAACAACUAGAUUUUACCAUCACUCUUCGCGUAGAGGAUUAUAACCUGCUGCAACAAUGGCCGAAAGAAGAGAGCCGGCUUAUUGCGUAUAUAAGACCCUUUUCCUACGAGGUUUGGUUAUUAUUUCUUGGUUCAACUGGUUUUGUUGUUAUUGCUAUGGCCAUACUGACUCAUCAUCAUCAACAAUUGGGUGCAAAUUGGAAGUCCACGAAUUUUAUGAAGGCUUUAAAUCAUCAUACUAUGUACGUUAUGACGGUGAUCACCGGACAAGGUAACUGCAUAUCCCCAAAGGCAAAACUUUCGUUACGUCUGAUAGCAGGGCUGUGGUGCCUGACGAUGGUAGUUUUGGUAAAUGCAUACUCGAGCACGUUAAUGUCCUACUUGACUGUUCCAAAGUUAACUCCUAUUGUGAACACGCUUGCUGAAUUGGCAGUUAGUCGCGAUUCACAGAUAACGAUUGAUUUUGAAUCGGACAUGUCUCGUAUGUUCAUGGACGCCAGUUCUGGGCCAUACAGAAUACUUGGUAAUUCAUUACGUAACAACCCUAAGCUUCUCGUUAGAAGUGGAAGUCUAGAAGGAUUAAACAAUGUUUUACUGCGUGGCAAUGUUUACUUUGCGAAUCGUCCAACUGUCAAAUACUUAAUGUCCAUGGACAUGAAAAGUCACACCAAAUGUCGCUUGACUUCCUCGGAUCCCAUUCCAUACAUUCGAACUUACUCAAUGGGUUUACCUAAGGGCAGUCAACACAACUCCAUCAUCAAUCACGAUUUGCAAUAUUUACAGGAAAGUGGUCUACUGGACCACUGGUUAAAACAGUACACACCCAACGUUGAUAAAUGUAUGGUAGGAAAGAGCAAACCUCAUGAGCGGGUGGUUCCUUUCACCCUGCUAGAUCUGUCAAGCGCCUUUCUACUUUUAGGCAUCGGUAUCGGAUUGUGCUUAUUUGCGUUUCUGUUAGAAUUAAUUGUCUCUUUACAAGCUAGUCCACGAGAAAAAAUCACCGCCUAAUGGUCCCAUAGCA